GGAAGUGCAACACCUGCUGCUCUUGCCAGCGGCUUGCAUUUGCUCGUCGUGUCUGUAUUUGAUUCGAUAAUGACAACCAAUACGUUCAAUACAUGUGUAGUGUAGUUUAUGUUCUAAGGUUUAUGUGUAGAUUUUAGAUGAUCUGAGACAGCUGCGAAGACAUGGAGCUCUUUUUUGCUUGCUUCGUCUGCUUCCUUGGCCUGUGGACACCCGCUGUUUUGGCAAUGGGGGCGAAAAUGGACGGGAACAUGGAGGGGGGAAGCAUCAGUUUUGAGACCCCGACAUUGGACGACGAAGACACCUACAGCCCUUUUAUGCCGGCGGAUUUGAAGUGUGAUGCUUGUAGAAUCAUUGCAGCAAAAUUCAACGAGAGGUUUGAUAAGGAACACAAAAAUAGAAAAUCCUUAAAGAAAGGGGGAAGCCUUCCAGAAUCUGAUGUUAUUGACAUAGUUGACCAGAUUUGCACUGACCCCUUUGAGAAUGUAGGUGUCAAAGAAAUCAAUGGUGUACGACGCAUGUCAGCCCCAGGAUUUGAGACAGCAGAUGCUCCUGGUGUAAUGCAAGGAGGAGGAAGGUGGCCUGGAAGAAUGCGUGAAAUGUGCUCAGCUUAUGUUGGAGAACUCGGGGAAGAUGAAUUAUAUGAUAGGUGGAAGAAAAAAAGUGAUAUCGAAAAUUACUUGUGCUAUGGAAAAGGCAUCAGAGGUUAUUGCAAAAUUAAAACUAAGAAAGUGGUUCCAAAGAAAAAGGAGGAAGAUGACAGACCACAAAAAAAGGAUCAAGACAGUAAAACCAGGGCUAAAGAGUCAGAAAACUUAAAGAGAGAGGCUGAAAACAAGAUGGCAGCAGCAAAAAACAAGAAAAAUGCUGAAAAAGAGAAACAGAAAGAAGAAAAGACAAUUCACACAAACCAAGCAGACACAAAAGAUGAGCUAUGAGAUUUUUCUCUCUCUAGACAAACACUGUUUAUCAUUAAUGUGAAAAGUAGAAAUUACAUUCCAUGUCUGGCAAAUUUAAUGUAAUGAGAUUACUGAUUAUAUUCUUACAUGAUUUAUACAUUUUGAUACAUUGGGAUAUUUCAUCCUUGCUGAAUAAGAUUCAUUAGAAACAUGCAGAUUUAAUGGCAUUGGUCUUCAUUUUGGUUGGUCAACUUUAUUUUUGUAAUGUUGAAAAAACAUUUGCAAGACUAUAAUGUUUCAGAAUAUCAAAUGUAGUGUUCCUUUAUUCUGUGUUUAACCUGUUGUGUUGUUUCUAUUUUACAAGAACAAUUGACAUUUGAUGAUUUUCAACACAUGUUGAUAAUUAUGGGGAAUAAGUUAUGAUGAGUUAUAUAAAGAAUCCAUUAUAUAAAAAUGGUAAAUUUAUUACACAUGAUAAAAGAGAUCUUUUAUAAUGUUGGGACCAGCCUGUCAUGUUUUAUGUGAUAGCUUAUGUUGUAGUUUCUUCCUAAGCCAAAGGAGAAUAUGUCAAGCAUUUGAUGUAAAGCAUAAUGAAAUAUUUUAAAUUUGUGGAUAUUUUUGUAUGCUGAUUUUUCAAGCAUUCAAUGAUCAUUUCAGUUGUAGCAUUUUUGGGUAAUGUUUUUCAGCAGGUGGUAGAUAAUUAUAAUAUUCAUGUGUACCUAAAGGGAUAACAUCUGUUCAUUUUGGCCAAAAAGGGGGAUUUUCUGGGGAUAAAGGACAAAUUUCCCUUACUUGCCAAAGGUUAAUGAAUCCGUUCAAACAUUCAAAGUUAGUUCCUGGUUCUUUUCUAAAUAUUUUUUUUGGGGUAGCCAUCUAUAGAGGUCACAUGGUCCAAUGGCCAGCACAGAUUCUAGAAUAAUUGUGAUAACUGAUGUUUUGGUGAUAAAAUAGAAUUUAUUCCAUUUCUCACAGUGUAUUAUUGUGAAAAAUGGAUCUCAUAUGAAGAGGUGAUGUCCCUUUUGGUCAAUUUAUUGAGAUUAUGCAAGUUUUAUUGGAGGCAGUUUCAGCUGUUACAUAAAGGCAAAUACUAGUACAAUACAAAAGCAUCACUGAUGCUGUGGUCCAGGAUGAAUGUGACAUCAUAAAUAAUUAAUGUGUGCAAUGAACAGAAACUAGAUAUGUAGCAUGUUAUAAGAAAUGAGUAGAGACAUUUAGAUAUUGAACUGAAUGUAGCCAUAAAUUAUCAUUUUUAGAUUAUCAGUUAGAUUAUUUGAUUAUUUUACUCAGAUAUGGUCCGGACUUACAUAUAUGACAGACAAAAAGAAAAUGAAGAUAAAAAUAAGGUGCAGUCAUAUAUUACAGCUUUUGUGUCUACUAUAUGAUAAUUAUAUAACGUUUCUAGCAUUAACUGUUUUAAUUGAGCGAUUAGUCCUUUGGCAGUUGAAAGAAAAAGAUAUAUCCAAGAUUAGGUACAGGUAAGAAACUAGAUGAAGCUGUUUUGGAGUCUUUAGUUACACACACUUAUGUAUUUGGAUGUUAUUUACUUAAGGCUUUAAUAGCUUAGCAUUUGGCAAUCAUUUGAUCUGCAUGUUUAUCUACCAGUACUUAUAUAUAUACUCCUUAUACAACAAUGUAAAUCUACUUAAUAAAAACUGCCAUUUUUUAUAUUCAAGGGAAACUUUUUAAAUGUUUGUAUUUCUGGAGUUGUUUAUAAAUUUGAAUACUUGGUGAAUUGUCAGUGUUACUUUUAGCAUUACAUUAUCAUAGUGCAUACAGUGUAUAAACUUAAUUGUGAAUAAAUAUUUGAAACAAU